AUGCCGAGACCCACCUCCCCUCUCCCCGUCGCCCCACCGUCCCAACCACCCGCCGCCGCCGCCACCCGCCACCGCCCCCUGGCCCCACCGCCCCUCGCCCCGUCGCCCCCACCACCCGCCACCGCCCCGGCGCCCCGUCGCCCGAACGGCGCCCCACUGGUGCCCCGCCGCCCCCACCACCUGCCCAUCAGCCCCUGCGCCCGCGCCGGCCCCGGAGCCAGGCUCGCCGCCGCCCUGCGCCCGCGCCGCCCCCGGAGCCAGGCUCGCCGCAGGCCCCCUGCGUCCCCCUCGCGCCCCCCGGAGCCAGGCCCGCCGCCGCUGCCCUAA